AAUUCAGAGGAAAAGAAUUACGUACGGUAUAAGACGAUCCAACGCAGCAGAAUCCAAAAGAGCUUUUCUCCUCUUUUUUCUUCCUCUCCCUUUCCCCUCCCCCUAGGGUUUUAAUUUCCUCUUCCCCGAUUUAGCCUCGAUUGAUUAUCCAUGGCGAAGAAGAGGAAAUCCGUUGCCUCCCGCCUGGACGAGGUCGAUCGGAGCAUGUACACCACCUUCUGCAGCGCGGCCAAUUCGCUCUCGCAACUCUACACCCAAUCCAUGAACCACCAGCGCCUCUCCUUCCAGGCCGGCGAACGUCACGCCCUGGAAAAGCUUUAUCAAUGGAUCUUGAGACAGCAAGAGGAAGGAUCGAGGGUGGCAACUGUUGAUGUAGUUGCUUAUUUGCAGAAUGAGCUAGAAUAUGGAACUGAAGAACCAGCAAUGUCUCCCAGAAUGCCAUUUCAGCACCAGCAGCACUCUCAAACUGCAACAUACUUGAACAAUAUAGGCAGCCCUGUUUCCUCAAAUCCAUCAUCACCAGCAAUAUUUGGGCCUGCAGUUCGCCCUGGAGAUCCCCAACCAAAGAACUCUGUUUUCUCAAAUGCACUCUCCAGCCCUGUUCGUCGAAGCCUUCAGAACUACCAGUUGACCCAGGGAAGUUACCAUUCAAACAAUGUUUUUCCUGGCAAUGGACCUCGAAAUAACGAGACUAACUGUACUAACCAACAAAACAGGGAAGGCAAUUCCACCAGCUCGAAUGACCCCAUGGACAUGCAUGCCGAUAGUCCAGGUCAAUAUUUCCCUUUCUGAAAUCUGUACUUAUCUGUUUUCUUUAUCCUUUUCUAACAAUAGUUUCUUGUGUUUAGGAAUCUUCAAAUUCUCUGUAAUUGUAGCGCAAAUCAUACAUUUAUGUAUAAUGUGUUCAUUGUUAUAUUUAUAUCAAUGGUGGUUGCAUUAUCUUGGUUAUCAAACCUGAGAUCUAUUUAUUGGCAUGAUCAUCACCAUAGACAAUUUGAUAAAAAAGUAAAAAAAUAAAAAUAAAAAUACAUC